AGUCGGGUUGAGUAUAAAAAGCCUGGUUUCUAAAAUACCCGAGUCCGUUUUUUUGCGCACCCCUCUCGCCGGCGAAUCAAUCAAAAUCACCAUCUCUGUCAACACUAACCGUCCGACGAAAGUCACGAAAUCAGGAAUCAUGGAUGGAGGUACAACUAAUUUCAAAGCGUGGAAUAUACUGUAUCCUGUAUACAUAAAUUCAAAGAAGACAAUUGCUGAAGGUAGAAGAAUCUCCGCUUCAAAAGCAUGCGAAAACCCUACCGCUUUGGAAAUCGGCGAUUGUUGUGGCCACCUCAAAAUUCCUUUCGCUAUUGAGAUUGAUAAGGCAUAUUCAAGGGACUUCAUGCAAGCAGGGAGGGUGAGGGUUAUGCUGAAAAGAUCAGAUGGGAAUCUGCACAAUCCCCUUAUUGCAUCCAAAAAGCAGUUGAUGCUUCGCGUUGCUGAAUUGGUUCCGAGACAUCCGGGUAGAAUAAAGAGACAAGAAGCUGCAGCUUCUGCUUCAAAUGCUGCUGCACCUUCAAAGUCUGGGAAGGCUGGGAAAAAGAAGAGAUAAGAUUCUCAUUAAAAUUUAUAACUUUUAUUUAGGACCCCCUCUUGUUUCUAUGUACAAACUGGCUUUACUUUAAACUAGGCCCUUUGGUUGCUCAAUUGUGAACCACAAUAGACAUUCUUUUUAA